CAGCGGUCGCCAGUGUAAUGCAACGAUGGCGACACGCGCGGUGAGGGCGGCGCUGCUCUGCGCGUGCCUGUUAUUCUUACAACAAGCAAGCGCCGAGCUUAGAGGUCGUUGUCCGGCCGAAGAUGGGGCUUGUCCUCCUCGAGCGAAACCGUGCAACGAGGAUGAUGAGUGUGGGGAACAAAUCUGCUGCAACACCUCCUGUGGACGAUCAUGUGUAGAACCUUUAUAUACAGGAUGUGAGAACAUUAAGUUGUCAUCAGAAAGGAUAUCCCGAGCUCUUGCAGCUGAAAACAGUCGCAGCGGACGAGGCAUUGUGCAUUCUUUACGAUCACCGCGUUGUAGGAUAUCUGAUGGAGAGUUUGAGGAGAUCCAGUGCGACAAUGAGAUCGUUAGUUCCUGCUGGUGUGUGGAUUCAGCAGGUUUUGAAGUCCCAGGAACUCGAGCUCCAGCAGCAGGGUUAGUCAACUGUACACGAACCGCUCCAUGCGCCGCCCACACUUGUCGAAUGCUAUGUCCUUUGGGCUUUGACCUAGAUAAGCAAGGUUGUCCACUGUGCAAGUGCAGAGAUCCAUGUUCUGCUGUAACUUGUCCUGGCCAACUGUCAUGCCAGCUGGAGGAGACUCCUUGUUUGAGACCGCCUUGCCCUCCUGUGCCUACUUGUAAAAGAGGACGUAGUCUACAAAAUAUCUGUCCUGUUGGUGAACCACUCCUAAUAACGGAGACAACGCGGCCGUUCCUUUGCGGUACAGACCCUGGGAAACCAAACUGUCCCCCUCUUUAUAGAUGUCUAGUCGAAACAGGAAACGAUUACGGGGUUUGCUGUCCCGCUUCCUUAGAACUGCAAAAAGCCGGUACUUGCCCUGAACCAAGUAAAUCUUCCGAAUUGGAUUGUGGAACACCUUGUGCCCAUGAUCUUGAAUGUCCAUCGAUGCAGAAGUGUUGUGAUGGUGGAGAAUGUGGCAAACAUUGUACGUUGCCACAUAACGUUACAAUAUGCACACAGCAGAAAAUGUUGGCAGAAUUAUUGGUUGUAAGUGAAAAAGAAGGAAGAGGCUAUGUACCACAAUGCAAUGCUGAAGGUGCCUUUAUACCAAAACAGUGUUCGAGAAAUGGACUCGUUUGUUGGUGUGUUGACACCGAUGGUAAUAAACUCCGCGGUUCAAUGGGACCUUCAGCUUCAGUACAAUGUUCAAUAACCCCUCGACCAGCCAGAACUGGUGGCAGAAGUCUCAGUGCUUGUGCAAGAGCGCUCUGUGCUGGAGUCUGCGAGUAUGGUUACAAGACUGGCAGCGAUGGAUGCCCGACUUGUGAGUGUGACGAUCCCUGUGCUGGGUAUCCUUGUGCGGAUGGGGAAGAGUGCGUGAGAGUAAAAGAUUCGGAUUGUUCCGGAGAACUUUGUACAGGAUACCCCGUUUGUCGACCAAAAAUCUCGUACGAGAAUCCUUGCGAAGUAGGCGUACCAACUACUGAAGAAGAUGGCUCGGUGCUGUCCUGUGGCAACUCGGAAGAGUGUCCGGAAUCACACGUAUGUUCGCACACGCGACGAUCCGGCGCCGCUGUAUGCUGCCCCGACCCCAUCGCUGACAACUCUACUGAGUCUGAGGUUUCAGAGAUCAACUUUGAAUCGUGCGGUCCUGAAGCUGAAGCAGUUUGCAAUCUAAAUAGUACGAGCACCUGCUCAGAUGGUGUGUGUGAAGAUAGCCUUGUGUGUUGUUCCACUGCGACCUGCGGGCCUGUGUGUGUAGACGCUGCUAAGAUGCGUCUCCAAACAGACAGAGUUGACGAUACACCUACUAUGUGCGAAUACCUUCGGGAUUUCGAUGAAAAGAUGGAAGGCACAGUAGACGGUAUGAAGCUGGCUCUCCCCGCGCCCACCUGCAGGCCGGACGGCUCCUUCACGAGCCAGCAGUGCGCGGGCGGGCGCUGCUGGUGCGUCGACUCCUUCGGCACCGAGAUACCUGAUACCAGUACUAGGAAUGCUUCAGCUGUGGACUGUGACAAAGUUCGCUCGGACCUCUCCUGCUUGGAGCUGACGUGCCGCAUGGGCUGCGACUACGGGUUCGAACUAGGCGCGGGGCGCUGCCCGACGUGCCGCUGCCGCGACCCGUGCGCGCGCGUCGCCUGCCCCGCCGGCCGCGCCUGCGCGCUCGUCGACGUCGCCUGCGACGCGGACUACUGCCCGCCCGUGCCGGCUUGUCUUCCACGCAAGAGCGGCCAGUGCCCGUACCUGGUGCCGUGGACGGGCGCGUGCGAGUGGGCGUGUCGCGCGGACGCGGAGUGCGGCGCUGGACAGCGCUGCUGCGCUACCGGCUGCGGCACGGCCUGUACUGCCGCUGUCCAUCAGACUGCCUGUCAACAGCGCAGAGCUCUUGCUCUACACACUGCUGUAGAGACUGGUAAUCGCCCAUCAUGGACUUGGGUACCGGAAUGCAAGGAAGAUGGAACAUAUGAGAGUAUUCAAUGUCGCGGAUCGAACAAGAUGUGUUGGUGUGUGGAUGCUGCUGGUAAUGAGAUCCCUGGCACUCGAUCGACAAACUCCACCCCAUCUUGCGAAAGUCCCAUCCAGUGUCCAGAACCUGGUUGUGAUGUGGAGGAGAUCUGUACCCAUGGGCGAGAGCUGGACAGCAAGGGUUGUCCAACUUGCACUUGCAGGGAUCCUUGUGCUGAAGCGAAGUGUAGGGACGAUGAGACUUGUGAACUUGUUCCCUUGGAUUGUGAGGGUGAAUUUUGUCCUCCACUAGCUCGUUGUUCGCCAUCUCCUCAAUGUCCUGAGGGCGAGCCUCUUCAAGCACCGGACGGUUCCGGAGCUCUGCUGUGUGGACCGAGCGCUGCGGCGUGUCCCUCCACACACGCGUGUCGCUUCGCCCCUCACGACUCUAGACCGUCGGUCUGCUGUGCGAAACCACGCACAGUCUGUUUCGAAAGCAAAGACGAAGGCGAAUGUGCGAACGGUGAGGGACUGAACACGACACGUUGGCACUUCAAUAACGAGCGCAACCGCUGCGAGCGAUUCCGUUACCACGGCUGUUCCGGGAACCAUAAUAACUUCCGGACCAAGGAAGAAUGUAACACCGUGUGCCCUGUUCUUAGUCCUUGUGAGAGACUGCGUGAGAAGAAUGAAGCAGCUGCGCAGAAAUAUGGCAAAGGCACUUUUGUACCGAAGUGUGAUGCAAGCGGAGCUUGGGAAACCGUGCAGUGCAUGUCUCACAUUGAUGUGUGCUGGUGUGUAAGCGCUCGCGGAGAACCUCAGAAAGGAUCACUCGUACGUGGAGCCAAACCAACAUGCAACUUUAGACAAGCUCGAAAGUGGGUGCGAAGGGAUCCGCUCGAUGAGAAGGCAAGAGCUGAUGAAGUAUUAGAAGAAUUGAUCAGGCAGAUGACAGCAUAUAGAGUAGAUGAUUUUGAAGAAGAAGAAGAUUUCGACAGUUCUGAACUCGAACCAGAACAUCGUGGUAUCAGUGAUACCGAUUCAGCUGAAAUAUCGUCAAGCGAAGAUAGAUCCUUGUUAUCAGAAGUAGUAGAACCGAAGUUAGCUGAGACUACUAGGAGAAAAUCAAUUCCAAUUGAAGUGAUUACCGAAAAAACUAAUUUCAAAACCAAAUGUCAGCUGAUGCAAGAAGAAAUCGAUAAUGGAGCCGAAGGCUGGCGACCGCGGUGUCUCCCGGACGGGUCGUUCUCUGCGCGCCAGUGUGGUCGCGCUCGGUGCUGGUGCGUGGACGCCGCGGGACAGGCGCGAGCGGGCCCGCACAGCGACCCUUGCGAGGUCACCCAAGUUGAAUCCGCAGUUCUGGAAUUGGAACUGAUAGGUGCUGAAGAAGAAGCAGGAAACAAGGCACAGGCACUGCUUAAAUCAAGAUUAUCAGCUCUGGGAGCCCAUGUGCCAGUAACACUAGCCAUAGACAAAGGAGUUGUGAAAUUACGUGCUGUGUUAUCAGGACCCAGAGCAGCUGACUUGGUGUACCAUCUUGAGUUACAGGUCAAAAAGGAGAAGAUGUCCGGUGCAAGCAAGUCUGCUGAAGGCAUGUUAGGCGCUGAUGUCAUCCGCAGCGAGUACCGACUUGUUGCGCCAAGUCCUGCCAUGCAGAGGGAAAUAUUAAGCGAGUCGACAGUCUCCGCUGCAACAUCAUAUCACACAGCUUUAAUCGUCCUAGCAGCAACAUCAGCCUUUAUCAUCAGCGUACUCUGCGUCCUUGUUAUGUUGUACAGGGCUCGGUUACAGAGGGAACCCCAUAAGGCUGAAAGAUUUCUACCUGCGGCGCCCCCUGUAUAUGUCCUCUCUGCUGAUGAGAAAGCGGAACUAGCAAGAGUUCUCCACGCUCCUCCUGCGCCCGUUCCACCCUCAAAUGACGAUCACUCGAGAGUAUAAAGUUAAAAAUUUCGAAUCAUUAAUUCGACAAUGUUAAUAGUAACAUUAUGAAAUAAAUUUAUAUCACGGUAAUAUUGCCAAAUUAAAGAUGCGAUACGUGUCUACUUGAGAAUUUAAUAUUCAGUGAUAAUACUUCUGUAAAGUAGUUUGUGAUGUCUUCAAUGUACAUGGAUUUUCUAUUUGAAGAAUAAAGCUUCCACAAUUCAAAUAUUAAUAUUAUAGUCCGAGUGUAAAAUUUUAAGCAUAAUAUGCUUUAUAUAUAUUUAUUUACAUAUAUAUACGAGUAUAUAUUAAAGGGUAUAAGCAUUAAGGGUACGUAAAAGUUCGUAACUACUUUUCUUUAUUUUUAUUCCUCACAUAACGUUAUAUUUUAAUGUCAUGCCCUACUGCCGCUCUUAACAAGCCCCCCCCCCCCCCCCACGCGGCUUGACGCGCUCCGGGGAUUCCCACGCGUCGAGUUAAGAAUUUUUGCACGGAGCGGCAACGUCUAAGAAGUGUUGGUAAAAACAUCUUGAUUUAGAGACAUCAGAGGUAGCGUUAUCGCUAUCGUUACCCUGGUUGCGCUAGGACAUUAUGGCUUUACGUUAUUACCCUUGCUUCAAACGCUUAUGUCAGUUUAACUACGUUGUCUUCAUAUAAUAGAAUUUAUUACUGAAAUAUGUCUUCAUCACAGAGCGCUAAUGCGCAGUAAUUGAAAGUCUAAGGAAGGCAUAAGGAUAAGACAUCAGAAAUUAUAGAUACGUGUCUUAAAGACAUCUAUGUCGGCUCGGAAAAAUUCCCGUCGAGUGGAAUGUCACCAAAAUCAUAAUUUGCUAUGAAAGAGUUUAUUACAAAAUAUUUAAAAAGUAUUACCAUAUUGUAAAAUGUAAAAUAUGUAUACUAUCAAUACUAUAAGCAAAAUUUAAAAAAAAUAUAUAUAUAUAUAUAUAUAUAUAUAUUAACUUAUUGUAAGCUAACGAAAUUAUUCAGAAUCAUUGAUUUAAACAAGACCUAUGAAUUAUGAUUAAAAUUGGCAUCAAUAUAUUUACCAAUAAUAUAAAAUCAUGU